AUGCCUGAGUCUUUGAAGAUCGAGCUGCGUAUCAUCUGCACGGCAACUCUCGAGAGUGGCUGGUUGGUCGAUAUUGAAAAUGGCAAUGAGAAGAUCCAGUCGGAUGUCAAACUCACAGAUCCAUUGACCCCCGAACAAACCUCGACGUGUAGUUGGUAUCUCGAACAGUACUCUCAGAGCGAUCCCUUUGCAGUGGGAAAGGCUAACGAGGCUGAGUCACUGCUCAAUGCAUAUCCCAAUCAAUUGCUAAGUCAAUUGAAUCUCAGAGACGCUGUCAGCGCAUAUCAUGAUGAGGCAAUCAGGUCUCUGCAUGAAACCCUGCUUUUUAUCAACGUUUAUCAGGACGAAACUGGCAGCGAGCAGAAUGUGAAGCACGACGUCCACCAGCUACUGUGGGAAACACUAGAGGACCCGGCUCUCUGGAGCUACACACACUGGCGUGUAAUUGUGAGCCGAUCGUGGAGAGCAUGUCAGCAAGAAGAUAUUAUCCUGACACAAAAAAUUGAUACAAUGCCACACAGAACAAAUGCGCUGAAUGUGCUUUUGGUGGUGGCAAGAGAUCUCAGCCAGCACCCAUCUGUUUACAAUGAUGUCGAUCCCAACGUUGCUACAUCUACCCUUCUGCAACUGCGUGAUCGGCUUAAGACAGCAUUUCAUGGCAUGGAACUCAAUCUUGAAGUGGUGCGUCCAGGGACUUGGGAUGCCUUCAAGGAUCAUCUAAUGUUGCGUGGGAGAAACUACUUCCAUCUUGUGCAUUUUGAUCUUCACGGCAGCAUUGGUACAAGAGCCAAAAAGCAUACGAAGUAUGGGCUACUGUACUUUGCUCAGAAAGAUGGAGAUGAGACCACUCCAGUCCCCUGCCAGAGAGUAGGAAAGCAACUAGGUGAUUACGGUGUCCCUCUGAUUGUAAUGAACUCAUGUGAAUCGGCAAAUGCAUCACAGGGGUACGACGCCAAUCUCGCAAAGCAAUUUCUAGACAAGGGCGUACAGGGUGUUCUUGGAAUGUCCUUCAAAAUCGUGAGCAGUGCAGCGGCUCUCUUCUUGGAACAUUUUUACACCGCCUUGAUGGUGCAUCGAUGCUCUUUGGCCGAGUCCGCCGCCUUUGGACGAAGAGCACUUCGCAUAAACCCCGCCCGUCCUUCAAGAUAUGGCCUUGAGCGGCGUUUGAAAGAUUAUUUUGUUGCAGUCUCCUAUAGCAAUAGGAAAGACCAUCUUCAUAUUCCAACCAUGCGCCUGUCUGCGACGAGAUCUGCCCUAAGCAUACCACAGCUGUUCGAUGGGAAGCCCGGCGGCAUAGUUGCCAGCGAAGUGCAAGGGCCUAUUGGGCGCGAGUUCGAUAUCUUGCGCCUUGAAAAGUUACUUGUUCAAGGCCGUGUCGUCUAUCUCUAUGGGGUGUAUGGCGUCGGAAAGACUUCCUUGAUUCAGCUCGCAAUACCAGCCUGGAAAAAGACCAAGUUUAUUGAGGCUGUAGUCACAUUCAAUUGCACCACCCCUGAAGAUUUGACUGCUUCCAGCUUUUUGUGCAGCGUGCUACGCCAACUCCUUUCGCAAGUUAACCAUACACACCAGUCGCGAUUUUGGACAAUCCCUUCAGAGAAUUUGGAAUCUUCCGAUGAAGAAAUGAUGGACAAGGCUAUUCUCGAUAUAAUAUCAACCAGUGACGUGUUGAUCGUUAUCAAUGGGUUAAUGCCCUCGUCUGACAUUUUCUCCUUCAGUACCAAUGACAAGGCCGUAGCCCAUAUAGGGGGCAUUAUCUCGUCCUAUAUGUCAAUUGCUAAAGUGAAAGACAGACCAAAAAGAUGCUUUGUUGUAAUUUCUGAACGAAGGAGUAAUCCGAAUCUUAUUGGGCAGCGGGUAAACCAUCUGUUUGGGGAAUAUUGCUAUGAGCUAAAGGGCUUGGACUUUCCAGACGCAAUUGAACUCUCGACCAGGAUUCUGAAGGCCGCUGGGGAGCCAGUUUCUCAAUGGAAAUCCGAGGAUGCUAGUUGGCUCGAUAGCAUUGUCCAGCUGCUCCAAGGAAUUCCUUCUACACUGUUGGAUAUUUUACCACUCCAACAAUCGCUCGGUAUACCAUGGCGGCAUUUCUUCGCCCAUUUACAUGGAGGCAUAUUCAAAUCUCGCUCUCAACUACGCCAAAGCUCAUUAGAAAACUCUGCUCUGGUCGGUGAGCUCAGUCAUAUAUCUAGGUUUUACAAUCCGGCCCAUUCCUUCCUGCUGUUCAUGCUCAGUACUUGCUGGCAUGAGGCCUUGCCUCUUGAACAUGCUCACUGGAUAUUUAAAAAACUUCAAAUUAGCCACCUACAGCGAGAUUUCUAUCAUGGAAAAGACGACCCAGACAGGUUCUGGAUUACAACCUUCUACGCUAUGAUGCAUGAUCGAGGGUAUGUGUAUGCUAAGACCGGUCCCAACGAGCCGGUCAUCAUCCACCCCACGUUCAGUGUAGUUGGCAGGGCAUUCUUUUCGGAUUGCCUCGGUCUGGGGAAUCGAGUGCAGUUUAAAGCUGCAUUUUGCACAGCCUUGACAGAUUGGUUUGGUCGCCAGGACGUGGACGGGAAAGUGGACGCAACCACCUUCCAAUCGCAAACUUAUAACAUUCUCACCGCGGCCAACUAUUCCGCUCAAGAAAUUCCCAUCGAGCAAUGGCCACUCAGUGUACUCACAGCCUUUGGAGAACAGGACUAUGCAGGUUUCCCGCCCAGCCUGCGUCAUCACCUGCUCGAUCGACAGCUCGAAGUGGUGGACGCUGCUUCACGCAAAAUUCCCCUGUUGGACAACAAAGCUGACCACUUGUACUUUUUUGCUAUUAUUCUUUACAUGCAUCUUAUGCAUUCGCCGGACACUUUCAGAGACUGCAAUAAAAUUGCCAAUCUCUCUCAAAAAGGGCUCCUUCUACUCGCAUCAUCUGGAAAUGAUGAUGCGCUAGAUAAGUUCAACUUCAGUUCUGCCUAUUUGCUUUUGACUUCCAUUCUUUCGCUAGAAUUUCUCGGCAAGCACUCGGAAGCCUGCAUCAAGUGGAAAGAGCUGGAAGGAGUACGGCCCAAGUUGGAUUUGCCUCCCCAAGCAAACGGGGUCCUUUUUGCGGAUCUUGCGCCGUUGGAAACCACCAAUCAAAUGGAAUACUUUGAAGCCGCGUUGGCCGCUCUUCAAGAAAUACCCCAAGUACACUUGCGGCUCCUAAUAGCUGGGCUUAGCUUAGCUAGUCUUUCCAUGUCGGGCAAAUAUAAGCCAUUGGUGGAUGCUCUAGACGAGGAAAACAUAAGUCUUGAGAUGUAUUUGGAUGCUAUCUUCUAUGAGAAUGCUCCAUUCGCAGAACUGGGCAUGACCGUUGGAGAUAUCGAGCAUAUUUACGACCUGAUUCAGUUCGAUCCUCGAAGCCUUCCAUCCGUUUCGCUGUCUGACGUCGCAGCUCGAAGUGAUGGGUUGGAAACCCUCGAGUUGACGUAUGACACGGGUGACUGGGAACUUAUUUGUCAGAAACAUGCCCACAUGGUGCAGCAGGCAGCAGAAAAGAAUCAAUUCGAUGAGGCCCUUAUUCACCUCAACGCUCUUCGGAAGACUCUCAACAAAGCCGCAGCCCCCGAAGCUCUACUUUCAGCCGUGGAACGCUGUGAGAGUAGAUUGUCAUGGGCAAACGCCAUAUACGUUUGGCAUAAUACAAUUUUUCCCUCUGAGUAUUUUGAUCGCGGUUAUGGCGUUAUGCGGCCGCACGAGUGGGUGAAGGAGUAUACACCAUCCGCCAAAGGAGUUCGUGCAUCGGGGAAAUUUGCUCUCCUGUGGCCGCAUAAAGACGAAAUAAGUGAGAAAGACGACACAAUGGCAUGGCAUGUUUGGUGGAAGUGGAUACACGAAUCUCAAGGCCAGGACGCAAGCUGGAUUUCCCGAAUCCACCUCGAGGAUGCCCGCUUUGAAGAGGAGAGAAAACUUCUUCAGACUUGCUUUCUAUAUGUCGCACGAAAUGAUCUUGAGCAAGCUCACGGAUCAUUCAAUCAACUUGAAACAGUCUGCAAUGAGGGCAUAUUUAUGCUGGAACCUCCACAAAUGUCACCAUUGCACAUGAUCAGGGACUGCAUCGAGCUUGCGUGGGAACAACACAAAGCUGUGCAAUACGUCGUGUCUACGAUGGCUAAAGAUUUUGAAGCGAAUAGGGUCUUGAUAGAGGACUUAGCAUUGCUCAGACCCAGAUUCUGUUCUUGGAUGACAGACAAAUCGAUUCAAGGGUUCCAUUUCGCACUGGAGAAGUCGAGGCUUAUUCGUUUUCAGGCAGUGUUUUCUGGGAUCAAUCCCGUGUACUCCACAAGGCAGGUUCAGGAGCAAUAUCAACUGUUUGUGCGGCUUCUUGAAAACGGGGAAUUUAGCCGUCUUCAGCCACAUGAUGUGUUGUCAGUCCGACAUCGGGGACUGGAAAAGUUGGUGAAUGAUUCUAUCGAGUCCAGAUUGUGGAGAGAAGGUAUGAAGUACUGCGACGAGUAUUUUGCAGUCUCCGAUUCAUUCUUGCAAGAAAAUCCGAAAGGGCAAGAGGACUGGAUUUUGGGCAGGCAGAAGUGCGAAUGGUCGUUGACAAUUGACUCCUUGACUGAAGCUGAGAACGAGCAAGAUUUCGACAAGUGUCUUGACAAUGCUAUCACGACUGGUGUCUUCCUUGCGCUCAAUGGGUACAUGAAGUUUUAA